GAAGGGUUUGGGAAUUACAUUGGCUGCAAACAUGUUGAUUUUGAUAUACCAGAAUACAGCAUUUCUCUACAUUCUAUUCAUCCUACAUGGCCGUCCAAACAUCAGAUAGAAUUCACAAUAGACGUUUUAAACUUCCAUCAACAAUAGUGCCUAGUCAGAACAGCUUUGGAUGCGACUAUUUGAUUACUGGUAUUACUCUAAGUAUCAAUAAUCUUUUAAUGACAUGCAUUGUACCGGGCGGUAGGUAUCUAAGCUGGGAAUAUUGAAGAAGAAGUUGGACGUGAAGCACCUACUCAAUGACUUUUGCUUUGCUUAGUAGUGUUGGCCGUACUUGAUUGGAUGACGGUACAACUAAGCUUGAGAAAGACUCGAGUCAUCUGGUCGCUGUGAAGAUGUACCUGCCAAUACUAGAGUGAUUGGGGAUGCAGAAGAUCGUUGUAUCCGCCAGUUGUCGAGGAAGGCUGUCGACCAGUAUGAGCAUGGUAUAAUGUAGUGCCUCGGUCUAUUCACGACAAUGAUGACCUCGGCAUAGAUUUUUGGGCAAAUCUGCUUUUUACAUCAGUUCUCCGAUCGACGAAACCCCGCCUGCUGCCUGACGCAAUCUCUGGUGGAUACUACACACCCUCAACUUGAUCACUGACUCUGAAAAUUUGAUAUUGAAAGAUACCGCGAGUCCCGACCAUCGAUUUGAUCAGGUAUACCUUCAUCAACCAAGGAUUUGAUAACCCAUCAGCUUUUCCCCUAAUCUCCUGCCACAUGCGUGUCAUGUGUAUCUAUGAUGAGAUCCUCAAGCACAUAUAUGCAUGUGUUACCAGAAGAGGCAAACCGCCUAAUCCCAAACAAGCAGCUUUAACAAAAUCCUGGGUUUGGAUUGGCACUUACGUACCUGCCCUAUCUGCUGCAAUUUCAUUGCCACUGCUAUCACUGGCAGAUCUAGAACUUCUAGCACCAGGGUAUGUUACCAAACUUUGGAAGAACAACAACAUUCCUUCUGCUCAUGAUAAUUGUGAAACCAGUGCCGGAUUUCCUAGUGCGAUUUCUAAGCUUCUCUUAACGAUAGUGGAAACGAUUAAGACGAGACCAGGAGGUUCCAUAGCUGGACAUGAGGAAUAUCAAGGUAAUCCUGGAUGACCUGGACUUUUAAUGCUAUAUUGUAAGCUAGAUUUGGGACACCAGGGAGAGAAAAUCAAGGUGCGUGCCGUCUAGAUUCUACCCUGAUAUGAAGACUUCAAAUCGUACUGGUUGUAUAGAAUCUUGCGUGCUCCUUCCUAUGUGGUCGUCCUUGUCGCCUGUCAAUUUGGGUCUCAAGUUCUGAAUCUGGGUCUUGUGUAUUGUAUGGAAAUCUUGGUUGGGAAUUCGCUUUUGCGGCGUCGUAAAUCAUGAUCAGGUCAAUAUUAUAAAAACA